AUGUACGGGGAUGUCGGCAACAAGCUGGUGCAACAUGCGAAGCGAACACAGGCACUGCCCCAGCUCCCUGCCUACCAGACCGAACUUGUUCGCACCGUAGUACGCGAAGUCCGUGAGCUCAACCGCGAAGUCAACUCCCUCCUUGAACCCUUCAGCGGUUCCUUCAAUCCUUCUCAGGAACCUGCCACGGCAUGCGCUCUCCUCGUCAAUCACCUCAGCAUGCGUCGCAAUAAGCGCUGCCUCUUGGCCUACCACCGAGUGCGGACAGACAAGCUAGAAGACAUGUGCUGGAGAGGCGUUGAUAUCCUUGGGAAUGACCAGACAACAGGAGAGCCGCAAGCCAUGAAUGCGGAGGACAGCAAGAGCAGUCUUAGUCCAGAAGAGGAGGAAUACGUCCGUCUUUACAGCGACCUCUUGGCUGCGUACAAGGGCCAGUGGACCGACAUUGAUCUGACUGGGAGCUUGGAGCCGCCGACCGACCUCUUCAUCGAUGUCCGCGUUCUGAAGGACGCCGGCGAGAUUCAGACAGAAUACGGCGCUAUCAACUUGACCAAGAACAGUCAGUUCUACGUCCGUCAAGGAGACGUGGAGCGUUUGAUCCAGCAGGGCUAUCUGCAGAAGCUCAGUUGA